GGCUCCUGAGGAUGGGGGACCGGGAGGGAUGCCGAGGGCCUUCCGGGCCGGGGAGACUCCCAGGGUCCUGAGGAGGCGGGGGCUUCGGGAGGCUGGGGGGAGUCCCACGGAGGGGGCCUUGGGCUGCUUUCUGGGGGAGCGGCGCUGCGUACGUUCUAAUGGGAGGGGGCUUGGAGGCCGCAGAAGCGCCCAUUCCGUUGUGAGGGGAGGGGCAUCUGAGUGUACGUGGGGGAGCUGUGGGGCCCUCGGGGACCCUACGGACUCGGGGAGAGGCGGAGAAACUAAGUAUUCUUGGGGAGGUGAUAUCGUCAGCGAAGAGCGAGCGAAGGACCCUACUUUGGGGAGAGGAUGCCUUGGAUUCUCCCACUCAGCUUAUGACCACGUGCGCAAGACUCGCGUGGCCAUCAAGAAAAUCAGCCCCUUCGAGCAUCAGACCUACUGCCAGCGCACGCUGCGGGAGAUCCAGAUCCUGCUGCGCUUCCGCCAUGAGAACGUCAUUGGCAUCCGGGACAUUCUGCGGGCGCCCACCCUGGAAGCCAUGAGGGAUGUCUACAUUGUGCAGGACCUGAUGGAGACAGACCUGUACAAGUUGCUCAAAAGCCAGCAGCUGAGCAACGACCACAUUUGCUACUUCCUCUACCAGAUCCUGCGGGGCCUCAAGUAUAUCCACUCAGCCAACGUGCUCCACCGGGAUUUAAAGCCCUCUAACCUGCUCAUCAACACCACCUGCGACCUUAAGAUCUGUGAUUUCGGCCUGGCCCGGAUUGCCGAUCCUGAGCAUGACCACACUGGCUUCCUGACAGAAUAUGUGGCCACACGCUGGUACCGGGCUCCAGAAAUCAUGCUUAACUCCAAGGGCUACACCAAGUCCAUCGACAUCUGGUCUGUGGGCUGCAUUCUGGCUGAGAUGCUCUCCAACAGGCCCAUCUUCCCUGGCAAGCACUACCUGGACCAGCUCAACCACAUUCUGGGGAUCCUGGGCUCCCCAUCCCAGGAGGACUUGAAUUGUAUCAUCAACAUGAAGGCCCGAAACUACCUACAGUCUCUGCCCUCCAAGACCAAGGUGGCCUGGGCCAAGCUUUUUCCCAAGUCAGAUGCCAAAGCCCUGGAUCUGCUAGACCGGAUGUUGACCUUUAACCCCAACAAACGGAUCACAGUGGAGGAAGCACUGGCUCACCCCUACCUGGAGCAGUACUACGACCCAACGGAUGAGCCAGUGGCCGAGGAGCCUUUCACCUUCGACAUGGAGCUGGAUGAUCUACCCAAGGAGCGGCUGAAGGAGCUCAUCUUCCAGGAGACAGCCCGCUUCCAGCCUGGGGCACUGGAGGCCCCCUAAACUGGACAGACACCUCUGCAGUUUGAGGCCUGGCCCUGCCUCCUGCCUGCCCCUCCCCUGCUGGACUGUUAGAAAAUGGACACUGUGCCCCGCCCAGACCCCCCCGGCAGACCGGGUCAGGGCGGAGGGCGGGCCUGGCCACCUUCCCUGAUUUUGCUCUGGCCUCCUGCUUCAGGCAGGCCAAGGUUCCCUCCGCCCCACCCCCCUGUCCCUCCCAGGACCUGAGGGGCUUAGGUGGCCCCCCACGCAAACUACCCUCUGCAGCUUGCCUUUGUCUACCCCGGCUAUCCCAGUCUCUGGUAGUUCUGGAAUGGAAGGGCUCUGGCUGUCCCAGGACCUCCUGAAGGGCAGUGAGGGGAUGGGGGACGCUGAGUAAGGGACUCAGGGCAAGCCCUGACCCACUAAACCCCCCCCCCCCAUUUUCCCCGAAGGAAUAUUCCUGAGGCUCAAGGGCUAGUAUCCCUGAGAAGCAGGGCCCAGGCCGAAACCCCCUCCCCCAAAGCUGCCACAUCUAACACCCCCUGCUGCCUGUGUGUGUGGGCGAACAGAAGUGGGGCUGGGGGCACGAGGAGAGCCUGGUGCCCCUGCCCACCCCUGUGCCUGUAUCUAAUAUAUAAAGAUAGAAUCGUGUA